GUCUGUCGCGUGAUCCACAGAUGCAAAGUUGCGGUUUAUUUCUAGUGAAUGCGAUUUGGAAACACGGCAACUAAUUGAUGGUUUGUUGUGAAGAAUGGCUGACGCUGUCCCAACUGAUCCCUGGCGGUCACUCCCAAAAUGCUACAGUUACGUCGCUGAGCGUUUGCGGCUGAACGCGGUACUGCUCCGUCGCCUUUUGGAAAAGGAAAUCAUUACAAGAGACGACUACGACGAAUUAAUGAACGAAUCUGUAACGAUGACGAAGAGAAUAGACAACCUGCUAUUAUACAUUCUUCCCACGCGACCUCCUACAACGUUUACAGUCUUCUGUGACAUUCUAGAUGUCGUUGGACAGCCGCACAUUGCAAACACGCUAAGGAUAGAAAAUCGGCACAGACUAGAAGCAAACUCUAGCUCUGCAGUUGUACGUGACCAGGAAAAGGUUCCAGAACACGUAGAAGAGACGGAAGCGCUAGAAGAGCAGGGAGUGGGGCCGGAUGAAGAAACAAAAGAGGCAAAGCAAGAAAAGCAGAAAGGUAAACCGAAGAAGCAGAAACGUAUAACGAAAAAACAGGAAGUUGGAAAACUCGUAACAAGAACUGACAAAUUUAAAUCGAUAACUGGAACAAAGAGGCCUGCAAGGGUUGGACAAAAUUAUUCAAAGAGAAUACAAACAGUUGCAAGUACCAAAAAUUACGUGACCUACAACGCCCUGCAUCUACGGGGGAAAGCGAGAAGAGAAGACGAAAAACCUUGCAAAACUAAAAGAACAACCGCAAGGAAACGAAAAGGAGGUGAUAGAGCAGCAGAUAGUAUUGAAAAGGAAAACAAGCUUUUCAAUAUGGCACGCGAGUAUUCGAAGAUAAGAGGUCCUUCUCAUCAGGGCAAAGAAAGUGUACAAUCAUGGAAACCGUGGAGAUUGCACAUGCCUCACUGCAGUCGCCCUUACGGUAAAGUGGGAGAGAUUGAAGGCAGACUAGCGGUUGCAGGUCCAGGUUCGGACGGUAAGCUGCACGUUCUCACUAAAAAUCAGGAUAGGUGGGACACGUUUACGCGAGACAGUGGUAUCAUCACUAGCGUAGUGUGCCAUCAAGAUGUCUGUCUGGUGUUAGUAAAUGACAAAAGGAAACAUCAGUUGGUCGUUGAACAAUUUUGUUUGACUGGAAGCAACAAAUGCAUAUGGUGUCCACUCACAGUUCUACCAAAUGAACUUCAGUUGUUGCAUAAUGUAUCCUUUGCUCUUCAUGAUAACUCACUGUACGCUGUGGGUGGAAAAAAUUCUAAGACAGGAGAGAAAGUGAGCACAGUACGUGUGUAUGACCUUCAGAGCAGUCACUGGUCGGAGUUGGAUGACAUGCACAAAAAGCGUUCUGAUUGUUCUACUGUUGUCACAGACAACACAAUCAUUGUAGCAGGAGGAUUCACUGAUGGAGACCAUAGCAGUAAUGCUGUGGAAUGUGUAGAUGUCCGCAUGUCUAAGAGAAUAUCAAUGACAUCCACAACAAACCAUCGUUGUACAUUGACAGCAGUUAAUAACAAGCCUGUGGUCACUGGAGGAGAGAAAGACAGAUCACCUUCCAAUGUCGUUGAAAUUUAUGAAAAGCGAUGUAGCAAAUGGCGUCCUCUUCCACCCAUGAAAAGUAAACGACGGGGACAUGGUGCCCUAACUAUGAAUGAAGACCUCAUUGCAGUAGGAGGACUGGAUAAACAUGAGGGAAAUCUAACCACAAUAGAAAGUAUCCAUUGCGACUAAAGUUUACUGUAUUGUUCUUAUUAUUAUUACUAUUUACUAUUAUAUAAAGUAUUAUUAGUAUUUUUAUUAGUAUUUAUUGCUAUUAUUGUUGUUAUUAUUACAACUGUUAGUAUUAUUGUUAUUAAUAUCAUUAUUAUUAUUAUUAUUAUUAU